AUGACAACAUCAAACAAAAAUAUCAAGGUGACAAUUACACCAAGUUCAGAUACAGAUGUUGUUAUAUCAGCUCGAUCUUAUCAAACGGAAUUAAUGGAACAAGCAAAAUCAGAAAAUUUAAUUGUAUGUCUUCCAACUGGAAGUGGAAAAACUUAUAUUGCUGUAAUGCUUAUUAAAGAAAUGUCAUAUUCUAUUCGUGAAAGUGUUAAAAAAGGUGGAAAACGAACUGUAUUUCUUGUUAAAACUGUUCAACUUGUUGAUCAACAAAGUGAUUAUAUUCGUACUCAUACAAAUUUUAGUGUUGGAAAAUAUUGUGGUGAAUUAGGAGUUGAUUUAUGGGAUAAAGAAAAAUGGGAAGAUGAAUUUGAAAAAAAUCAAGUAUUAGUAUUUACUGCUCAAGUUUUUCUUAAUUUAAUUGAUCAUAAUUAUUUUUCAUUAAAACAUAUUAAUUUAAUUAUAUUUGAUGAAUGUCAUCAUGCAUCCGGUGAUAAUCAAUAUGCUGCAUUAAUGAAUAAACAUUAUGAUAAUUGUCCUGAUCCACCACGUGUACUUGGUUUAACAGCAUCAAUUAGUAGUAGAAAAAUUAAACCUAAAGAUUUAUUAGAUAAUGCAAAAGAAUUGGAAAAAACUUAUCGAGCUCGAAUUGAAAGUGGUUCAAGUCGAAGUGAAAGUAUUCAACAUGGUACAUCAGCUCACGUUGAAUCAAUCCUAUAUUCAAAUUAUCGUGAUGAAAUAUUAUCUAAAAAUGAAAGUUUAACAAUUCCAUUUGAAGUAAGAUAA